AUGAAACAAUAUCAGCUAUUCUGUUUGCUCGUUUUGUGUAUAUCGAAAUGUUUGACUCAAGAUCCAACUACGACACCAUCGAGUACUUGGAACGGGGACCCAGCUGUAUGUACAGUCGAUACAUCUACUCCAUCAGUUCCCGAUAGGCCAUUACCACGGUUUCCGACACGAGCUGAAUUCGCAUUGGAAAGAGUAGAAGUCAAACAUAUAUUAGCUAUAACUGCGCCAAGCGAAUUAACAAUGUAUCAAUAUUUAUAUGAUUUCGAGGCAAAUAAACUGAUUUUGAUUAAAAAUUCUCAAGGUAUCGUUGAUGUCGAAUAUUUUUAUUAUGAGGCGUUGAAAAAAUCAACCUAUCUUCGGCGAGAAAUUUGUCUUGUUACUGACAUUGAUACCAAUCUUGAUAUGGAUGGAACAUCGGCUAUUCAAGGACAAAAUAAUACCUGGCAUAUUCGUCCGCUAAAUGAAUUCUUGCUGUUUUCAAGCAACGAUCCACGACGACCGGAAAUACGACCAAAAUUUAUUGGCCAAUCGAUGGUCCGUGGUAUACCAGUUGAUCAAUGGGAAACAUGUAUCAUCGAUAGGUCGCAAUUCCGAACAUACCGACGUGUAUGGUCAUUUGCUCAAAAAGGUUUCAUACUACCAACAGGUGUUGUUGGCGAUUUCGCAGUGCCUAUUCAAGCGAUUAUCAAUGCUUCUAUUUCGUACCCUAAUGGAACUCAAGCAGCCGAAGUCGACGAAAUCUUCAAUAUUCAUAAUUAUCGACCUGGGAUCGUCGAAAGUAGCGAUCAGCUAACUCCCCCAAAAGGUGUUUUCUGUGAUAGUGGUCUUGGCCAGAAUUUGAUUUCCCUUCGCGAUGCUGGUAUUACUUGGCCUGAUCGAUUUACUGUUCGUGUGGAAGCAUCGUCAUCGCGUUCAGCACAGUGGCAACGAUUUCAUCUACGUUACGACCAUCCCGAACGUGGCCCACGACGUGUCCACUAUGAUUUUCUUCCACCUGGGUCUGAACAUUACCAGUCAAUUAUCCAUGAUUUCGGUGAUAAUCUAACUUAUACUAUUGAUCACGGUGUUGGUACAUGUAAGAUCACUCGUGGCACGGAAUCUCCCGAUGUUGACCCUUUUGUUGAUCCAAUUGGCUUUUUCAUAAAAAAUGAACGUCGAUUCAUUUAUCGUGAACGAGAACGAAUUUGGGAAUUCAACGGAUAUCGACCAUGCCGCGGUGACACUAUUCGGUGCGCAGCAGUGACAAGCUCCGUCGACAAGUUUCCUCCUAUCGUCGAUGUUGACACAGGCAAACCAAGUGGUGAUACCUGGGAUGCAACAAGCAUUGAAUAUGGAUGGUCAGUACGUGCGCCUUACGCACGGCCACCAUCAGAAAGAAAUAAACACUUUGAUUAUCCUGUGUAUUUGUUUUUACGAAUGUAUCGAUUCAAUGAUCUUACAAACCCAUCGAUAGCCAAUAUGCGCACAGAAGAUAUCGAAUACGAAUUCUAUGAAAUGUCGCCUGAAUCCAACCCACGAGAUUUCGAUACAAGUUUAUGCUAUCGUUCACUUCAUUAUGAUUAUCUACAUUUAGGUUUUAAACUUGAAGUUAGUGAUGGCAAAGCUAUUGACGGCAGUCAUUUAGACAGACGUUUAUUAGAGCGACAGAUUCAUAGCAAUUUGGCUUAUCUUACAGAAACGAGCUAUUCACGUAUAUCAGAAGUUCAAGUUGACCAUGAAGACAAGACAAGCGAAGUCACCGUUUUGUUUACAUUACUUGGCCAAACACCCUCACCCGGAUCAGUUAGUGGCGUUGUUGACAGUGAACCUAGAACCAACGAAACUCGGAGUCGUCUGGCGAAAGCUAUCGAUGAAGGAAAAUUCGAUUUCAUCAUGAAAUUACUUGACGAUACAAGUUCAUCGGUUCACUUUCAAGCUGUGCGAGGUUCAUUGAAAGGCUCAAAAGAAUUUAUGUCAUCACAUGCUGUGGGUAAACAAGUUGUCAAGGAAACCUAUUCAAGUGGUGCAGAAGCUGGUGCUGUUAUCGGUGGAAUACUUGUUGGCCUUCUUAUUGGUAUUCUUUUAGCAGCUGUUUUCCGCAUUGUGCGUAAGGAACCCAUGCCGGACGUUGCAAGAUUACCUGCAUCAAUUUCAAAUCCGUUAUCUGCACUGCGAACGUCUACUAAUUUACCAUCGAUUAGUUUUCAUAGGCCAAAAUCCACCGAGGAGAAGAAAACGACAUCCGAUGCUUAG